AGGGGCGAUUUUCAACCACUUUACCUCGAAAAAGUAGGCGUCGGUCAUUUCAAUCUUCAAGCGUCUGCCAUUGUGAUAGUUCGUUUCUGAGGUGAAUCAAACUCAGCUUGUUUUACAAACUUCCAUAUAAGAACCAAUCAAUCUACAACAAAAUGUGUGACGAAGAGGUUGCAGCUUUGGUGGUGGACAACGGAUCCGGCAUGUGCAAAGCCGGCUUUGCUGGCGAUGACGCACCCCGUGCCGUCUUCCCUUCGAUUGUCGGUCGUCCACGUCACCAGGGCGUGAUGGUCGGCAUGGGCCAGAAGGACUCGUACGUUGGUGACGAGGCUCAGUCCAAGCGCGGUAUCCUCACACUUAAGUAUCCCAUUGAGCACGGCAUUGUUACCAACUGGGAUGAUAUGGAGAAGAUCUGGCACCACACCUUCUACAACGAGCUGCGCGUCGCCCCCGAGGAGCACCCCGUCCUCCUGACUGAGGCUCCCCUGAACCCCAAGGCUAAUCGCGAAAAGAUGACUCAAAUCAUGUUUGAGACUUUCAACACUCCGGCCAUGUAUGUCGCUAUUCAGGCUGUGCUGUCCCUGUACGCCUCCGGCCGUACCACCGGUAUUGUUCUGGACUCUGGCGACGGUGUCUCACACACCGUUCCCAUCUAUGAAGGCUACGCCCUGCCGCACGCCAUCUUGCGUCUGGAUCUGGCUGGUCGCGAUUUGACCGACUAUCUGAUGAAGAUCCUUACCGAGCGCGGCUACUCGUUCACCACUACCGCUGAGCGUGAAAUUGUGCGCGACAUUAAGGAAAAACUUUGCUAUGUUGCCCUGGACUUUGAGCAGGAGAUGGCCACAGCCGCAUCUAGCUCGUCACUGGAGAAGUCGUAUGAGCUGCCCGAUGGACAGGUUAUCACAAUCGGAAACGAGCGAUUCCGUUGCCCUGAGUCGCUAUUCCAGCCGUCCUUCCUCGGCAUGGAGGCCUGCGGCAUCCACGAGACCACCUACAACUCGAUCAUGAAGUGCGAUGUGGACAUCCGCAAGGAUCUGUACGCCAACACCGUGUUGUCUGGCGGCACCACCAUGUACCCGGGCAUCGCCGAUCGCAUGCAAAAGGAAAUCACCGCCCUGGCUCCGUCCACCAUGAAGAUCAAGAUUGUCGCCCCGCCAGAGCGCAAGUACUCUGUCUGGAUCGGCGGUUCCAUCCUGGCCUCGCUGUCCACAUUCCAGCAGAUGUGGAUCUCGAAGCAGGAGUACGACGAGUCCGGCCCAUCCAUCGUCCACCGCAAGUGCUUCUAAGCACUCGCUGGCUGCCGAGCUGGGCGUGGUCGAACACUCCCUUGGCAGACAAAGGACGGAGACUAGAAGUAUUGGGCAUGAGUACAUUAAUACCGCGAGAUGGCGCACCUGCCGGAGA